UCCUGACCAUUCCCACAUUGAAACAUUGGUAAAUGUAACACUUCAAACUCUUAACUUUUUUUGUAAGUAUUUUUAGCAAUUUUAUGCAAUAUACAUUUGCAUUUUUUUAAAGAAAGGACAAAGAAGAAAAAAAAACCCCAGCACAACAACUACUGACUCCUCCUAGUAUCACACUGACCGGCAGAAACUGACACAUCUCAGCUUUUGCUCAGACUCUCACCGCAGUGGCCCUCUUUAGGUUUUAGUCAACAGAAAGGAUUGUGCGCUUCUGAAUGUGAGAUCUGGAUUUGAACACAAGCCUUUGCGCAUCAUUUAUAUGGGGAUAAAGUGUAGCCAUCAUGGGCUGGAUCCUGCACUCAUUGGCUCUUUUUAGUGGACUUGGUUAUGUGGCAGCAACUGAAGACUGUGGUACAUGCUAUCAGCUGAACAUGGGGGUUAUUAUCGCCAUAAUUACCUGUGAUAUAAUUCUUACACUACUCAUUACUAUCUCAGUCUACUGUUUUGCAUCACGGGAAAAAAAGAAGAACAGUUUGCGUCCACUCAAAGCAAAAUUUCGGCAGUCAUCAAGCAAACCAAAGGAGGUGGAAAUUACAGAGUCACCUUAUCAGGAACUCUAUGGAGUACAGUCGGAUAUUUACAAUGAUCUUCACCAGUAUCGGAAAUAAUGCUUCUACGGGUGAAAAGGUCUCAGAUGCUUAGCAGCAACAAUUUAUAAACUGGACAAAUGCUUCAAGAUUUAGACAUUCUUAGUUCUAUUACUUUGAAUUUUGAAAUUUUAAAAUAUAACAUUAUGAUUGUGUGGGUGUGUUUUUGAGUGUGUUAAUUAUUGCCUUAAUCUAAAUCUAUCAUGUAGCUAUAACACAUUUCUAUACUGUAUGUAUACCAUUGUUGCAUUGUUUGUAUACAAUAUCUUUUCAACAGAAUAAACACAUUUGUUGAUCGAAAA